UCUUCUUCACUCUCUCUUCUCGAAUCCCCACUUGAUUCGAAUUCGAUCUUCUCUCUCGAGCUUCCUUUUCUUAAUCGAAGCUUCCUAGGCUUUGAGAAGUUAGUGGAGGGGCUGAUGGCGCAGACUAGCGUGGUGGUGCCGGAGGUGGGCAUGGCGGCGACGGCGUGCCCCUGCCCGGGGCCGCUGUUCCCGUACCUGCCGCCGCGAGCCGGGGCCGGGAUGGCCGUGCGCCGCAAGUGCCUGCGGGCGGCGCAGGCGGAGCUCGGCGCGGGGCUGCUCAACGGCCUGGUCGAGUCCAUGCGGGCGUCUUCGCCCACGCACGCCAGGGCCGCCGCCGCACUCGCCGCCGGCGUCGACGAGGAGCACGCCGCCUGGAUGGCGAGGCACCCGUCGGCGCUGGGCAAGUUCGAGGAGAUCGUGGCGGCGUCCAAGGGGAAGCAGAUCGUCAUGUUCCUCGACUACGACGGCACGCUCUCGCCCAUCGUCAAUGACCCAGACGCCGCCUUCAUGAGCGACACGAUGCGGAUGGCAGUGCGCAGCGUCGCCAAGCAGUUCCCGACGGCGAUCGUCAGCGGCCGGUGCCGCGACAAGGUGUUCGAGUUCGUCAAGCUGGCGGAGCUGUACUACGCGGGCAGCCACGGCAUGGACAUCAAGGGCCCGGCCAAAUCCUCCGCCGGCCACGCAAAGUCCAACUCCAAGGCUAAAGGAGUUCUGUUUCAGCCAGCAAGCGAGUUCCUGCCCAUGAUCGAGCAGGUGCACCAACGGCUGAUAGAGGAGACGAGGGACGUACCCGGCGCCAAGGUGGAGAACAAUAAGUUCUGCGUAUCCGUCCACUUCAGAAACGUCGAUGAAAAGGGUUGGGCGGCGGUGGCGGAGACGGUGAAGUCCGUGGUGCGGGAGUACCCGAAGCUCCGGGUGACGCAGGGGCGGAUGGUGUUCGAGGUGCGGCCGACCAUCAAGUGGGACAAGGGCAAGGCCCUGGAGUUCCUGCUCGAGUCGCUGGGCUACGCCGACUGCGCCGACGUGCUGCCCGUCUACAUCGGCGACGACCGCACCGACGAGGACGCAUUCAAGGCGCUGCGGCGGAGGGGGCAGGGGAUCGGGAUCCUCGUCUCCAAGCACCCCAAGGAGACCAGCGCCUCAUUCUCGCUGCAGGAGCCCGCAGAGGUCAUGGAGUUCCUCCUCCGCCUCGUCGAGUGGAAGCAGCUCGCCAAGGCGCGCCUCCGGCUGCGGCGACGGGCCGACGCCGCCGCCCCGACCGCAUGAACUAAUUAAGAGAAACCUUGCCGGGCUGCCGAUUAACAGUCCUGUACUUCCUUGAUUCACGUGUAAUUCUAGCUUAGAUAAUUCCCUGCUCAUCAUCCGAACAAGGCCGAAGGCUGCGUGUAGGAGGAUGGGAAGAAACGGGACGAUCGACGAACCUGUGGAGCAUUGCUUCGCCAUAGGUUGUGUUCUCCUCUCGAUCUCCCUUCUUUUUCUGGGGAUGUAUACCGACCGCUUAUAAGCAUGUAAAUCACCUUGUCUACGUGCAAGGAGGGAAUAUAUAAAUAAGUUGGAGAAAAUUCGAGUAA